AUGGAAAACUAUAUUGUUCAGGGCAAGAAUAAGCUCAUUAAAUCUAACUUGCUUGCUAACCCUCUAAAAAAAUUUCGUAAAAAGACAAGGGCUUGUAGUCAAAUUCCAAAGCACAAGAGCCAGAAGAUGUUCUGAAAAAUUUCUAAGAAAGAGAACAUCGCUCAGAUUCCUAAAAUUUCAUGCCGAAUAACCACCAAUCCAAUGGGGAAGUUUAAAAGUAGUAACGUCCUUGGGAUAAGCGGCCAAAACUGUGUGAUAAAUGAUACUCCAUUUGAUCACAUCACAAAGCAGAAUUUCAAACAAGCUGUUCGGGAGAUUGGCUCAUUAGCUAGUAGACACCCUGGACAAGUUACCUUUCAUAGAACUAAGAAGGGUCCUGAGUCAUCGGAUAGGGGAAGAAACCUUAACUUGUAUAUUUAAGAAAGCUCUUUCGCAAACGAAAUUUAGGACCCGAUCUAGAGAGCACAAAAGAAACUGUUCAAGAAUAAAUGCAGAAAGUUUGAACAGCAUCAGUAGAAAUAACUCAAAGAGAAUGUAUAUCAGUGCUGAUAAAGAACAAGCUUCAACUUGAGAUGCUCCGAGAGUAAGGGUCAUGAAGCAAGUAGAUGAAAAUCAAUUUGAUUUCCCUCAAAAUUCAUUGCCACUUAUCUCAAAGAUAUAUGACUUCAAUCCUGAUGAGCCAACUUACUCGAAAUGACUGCUUGACGUUGAGACUUAUAAUUAAGAUUGUUGGGAGAGUUCCUCGCUCUAGAAUUAGUCCUUCCUUAAAAUAUUCAACAGAAAACCCAGGCCACAAAGAAGCAAUCAGCUCUGAUCUGUAUAGUAUAGGAAGCCUCUACAGCUCUAAAAAUCUUCAGACUGGAAUUGCUUGGGAAAAUGGAUUUUCCACUGAAAAUUUCAGAGAUAUGCCUUCCCCAGGAGGAAGAUCCCAUUAUGGCUCUAAGGAGAUUGGUCUGAAUCAAGCUGAUAACCUUCGAAUUGAGGAAAAUGGAUUUUAUAGUCAAGAAAAUUCUCUAUCAAGAAAUGAAAAGGAAUUUCAGAAAAUAAAAGAAAAAAUCGUAAAUAAUGCCCUUUUCCCACGAAAAUACCUUAAAGCACUUAAAAAGAGUGAAAUAGCAACGAUUCGAGGCUCUGAACACACCCCUCCUAGAAUGAAUAGGAAUAAGUCUCUAGAUCUAGCUGGAAGGAAAUUUAAGAUAUAUGAAGAUGCCCUUAUAAUGUUGAGAUCUAUCCAAGCAGCUCAAGUAACUUCAUCUACUUGUACCAAACAGAAACAAGAAAGAUCGUGCUCUCCUUAUAUAAAAGAGAAAAUGCUAAAAUUUUCAAGAAACAGAGCAGGUCUAAAAUCUUCCAAAACUACAAAUCAGACAGGAUCUCCCCAAGCUAUCUCACUAGAUCCACACGCACACAUAUUCUCACUUGAGGGCAAUGAAACCAUCGAGUUACUUCAUGAACAAGAGUCAGCUAUCAUAAAAAACUCAGUAGAUAGCUACAAAGACUAGAAAUCUUUCAUUAAAGUCAUUGAAUUUCGUCAAAAAUCAUU